CACCAGAGCAAGCGCAGACAGCCACCAGUGCCUGUGGUACGUAGCAUCCCCCAGCGCGAAGCCAUCGACUUAGCUUACACCACCACCAGCUUCCAAGGCCCAACACUCACGUCAGGAACUUUGCCGCCACUAGGAGCACGACCCUGAUGAGUGGCGAGACGCGGAAGCCCAACCACGGGUAGCGUUAGGGGGAGGACGACUAGGGACCGCGGGAAAGCCUGAAACGACAGAGCAGGGAGGCGCAGGAGCGACUGGAAAGGAAGGGACGGCAGACCCAGGGAGUGAGGCGAAACAAAAGCUUAGGAGCGGGGAAGUCACCGGCAUGCAGAGUGCGUGCUGCCACGAACCCAACCGCGCCUCCUGGGCACCCCACGCGGAGAGCCGCCAGCUGUAGCAACUACGGUCCCAGCUAGAAAGAGCACUCCUUCGCCCCUGCAGCCGCCACCACCUGCUGCCCGUCGAUCCGCCAGCGCUGCCGCUGUCCGCGAAGUCCCCCCGCCCGCUGCUGCUGCUGUCCGUGCAGGCAGUGCAACCGGCGGGGCAGCCCAACGCAAGCAUGAAGAAACCGCUUCGCUCCCACCCCCGGCGGGCUGCUGCACCCGCGACAGCCGCGAGCAAGCUCAGGGUACUACGGCCCACUCGCUCCACCCCGCUGAAAGUCACCGCGGCGUCAGCAACAGCGCGUAGCGGAGGAAAGACGAGGGCGGGGAAGACGAGGGCGGGGAAAACUCCCGCCAAGACACCCAGGACUCCGGCGACCAAGACACCAACCAAGUCGACCCCAGCCAAAGCGACCCCAGCCAAGUCGACCCCAGCCAAGUCGACCCCAGCCAAAGCGACCCCAGCCAAAGUGACCCCAGCCAAAGCGACCCCAGCCAAAGCGACCCCAGCCAAAGCGACCCCAGCCAAAGCGACCCCAGCGAAGACGCCCUUCACCAGAAGGUCCACGGAUCGUCGGCAGGCCGCGCUGGCCAAUGGCGCUUCGGAGCCUCGGAAACGAUCGAGGGGCGAGGCGGAGGCAGAGGAGGGCGAGGAGGAGGGGGAGGUGGCAGAGGUAGCGAUGGAGGUGGUAGAGGUAGCAGCGAUGGAGGUGGGCGAAAGUGGUGGGCGGCGGAGGAGCCUCCGCCCCCACAAGUCUCCAGCCUUCUACCAGGUGCCCGAGUGGCGGUCGCCUGCAGUGCGCAGGGCUGGCAGAUCCGAUGAAGAGCUCGGGGACUCGUCGGACGAGGCGGAUGACGAGGAGGAUGAGGAAGAGGAAGGGCAGGAGGAGCAGGGGAAUGCGGAGGAGGUGGAGGGGGAGAAACUGGGCAAAGGACGGAAGCUGGCGGGUGGUAGAGGGGGGGGAGUUGCAGGCAAGAUGGUGAGGGCCAGGGGAGUGAAGGUCAAGGCGGUGAGAGCAGGGAAACCAGCAAAGGCAGCAAAGGCGGGAAGGGCUGCGGCGAGGAAGUUUUUGGGGCGGGGGAAGAUGAAGCUGAUGGAUGUGUCCCAGGCCCGCCUCGCUGCAUUGGACAAUGUGGAUGACGCCAUGGCCCACGCUCACCCGUCGUCCAUUGACGCCUCCUGCUGCACGCGCUGCGCCAGCCGCGAGGCCUUCCGCGCCGUGCGCACGCGCAACGCCGCCCUGCUGGCCGCCGUGCUGAGGCGCUCUGCACGCACGCGCGUGGCGGACCCGCACCUGGAGUGGUCCCCGGAGCGGGGGUUGGGGCGGGAGGAGAACGUGGAGGGAGGUGCAACGGAUAUGGAGGCAGAGGAGGAGGAGGAGGAGGGGGAGGAGGAGGAGGCGGAAGAGGAGGAGGAGGAGGCGCAGAGGGGCACGAGGCGCAGGAAGCAAGGCAAGGGGGGGAAGGGGAAAGGGAAGGGGAAGGGCGGCAAGGGGAGUGAUGGUGGUGACAAGGGCCAAGGGAAGGGCGUGGGACGAUCGCAGGCCGCGUCGGGUGCACAGGACGUGGUAGCGGGGCAGGCGACGACGCGCAAGGGGAUGAAGGAAAAGGCGAGCAAGAAGCACCAGGCCAAGGAGAAGGCACAGGCGGAGGAGGAGGAGAGCAGCCGCGUGGUGAGUGCGCGUGCUCGUCUGCCCCUGGAGGCCAGCCGCGGCGGCAAGGAGGGCAACAACGCCUUCCUGCAGGACCCCCAGCCGCGUGCCGACUCCUUCCGCACCUAUUUCUCAUUCGCUGCGCAGCGCUGCUCCGUGGCGGCGCUGCAGAUGAUGGCAGCCACGCCCGACCCUGCCGCACCCGCGUACCUGAAGCCACGCGACCCCGCCCACCCUGUGCCCUCGCGCCUCGCGCAGUGCCUUGAGCUCGCAGGGGGCGGCUUGGUGUACGAGGCGGCAGAGGCGGGGAACCUCCCCGCGGCGGCGCACCUCCUGCGCCUCUGCCGCGGCGCCGAUGGCAGCGGCGAUUCGAGCUACGGCUUUAACUCGGUGCACGAGCUGGCAGUGGGGCCGGCGGACGGCAGGCUGGGUGUGGAGGUGCGGGCGGGGUCGGUGCUGAAGCAGUCGGGGUAUGGCAACCAGCAGAUGACCCCCGUGCACCUGGCGGCCCUGCAGCCCGACGCAAGGCUGCUGCAGCAGCUGGUGGCGCGCGCGGGGCCGCUGGCGCUGCACGUGGCGGACGGCAAGGGGCGCAAGCCGAUCCACUUUGCGGCGGUGGCAGGGGGCAGUGCGGCGUGUCUGGAGUGGCUGCUGAAGCAGGGGGUGAGCGCAGAGGAGAAGGACCGCCAGGGCCACACGCCCCUGCGCCGCGCAUUGGCGUUUGGGCGCCCGCACACCGCCCGCCUGCUGCUGCCAAAGGAGGCUGCAGGGGACACCAACGGCACGGCGGAGGAGGGAGAAGCUGACGGGACAGUGGCAGGGGCUCGAGUGAGUUUGGUGGACCUGGUGCUCAACACUCCGUUGGACAAGCGCACGCCACAGACGCUGCUUCACGUGACGGCGUGGGAGUGCCUCUACAUGAAGCCCAACGUGGCUGCUGAGGUCUUGGAGCUCCUCAUCCGUGCGGGCGGUGACCCCCUCUUGCCUUCCAAGGACAAAAAGCUCACUGUGCUGCACAUUCUCUCUGCGCUCGGGCUGGACGCGGCGGUGGAGAGGGUUCUCUCGCUGGUGGCAGGGGGGAGCGACGGGGAGGCACGGGUGGUGAAGCUGCUGCUGAUGCCGGAUAAACUGAAGCGCAACGCGCUCGUCUUGGCGGCGCGCAACUCCCAGUUCGCGGUGCUGCGGGCGCUGCUCCGGCGCGGGGUGCCCCCUGACAGCGCCGAUUCGAGCGGCAACACUGCGCUGCACUAUGUGUGCGCGUACGGCUGCAAGGGCGCCGUGGACCUGCUGCUGGCGGCGGGCGCGGAUCGCAGCCAGGUGAACAUGUGGAAGCUCUCGGGCCUCUUCCUUGCCGUGCUCAAAGGCCACAUGGCCAUCGCCACUGCGCUGCUCUCCUCUGCUGCACCGCCUGCAUCCCUGCCAGCGCUCCCAGGUGCCGGGCCUCUGCUGCUGGCGGCUGAUGCUGAGUGCCGCAUGGACUCAGAGGCAGGUGAGGAAGGUGGUGCAAUGGCUUCCUCCUCCUCCUCCAGUGCUGGUAGUGGCAGUGUGAACGCGGUGGACUGCGACGGCAAGUCCCUGCUCCACCACGCCGUCACGCUCAAGCAGGCCGACCCUCACCUCUGCCUCUCGCAGGUCACCUUCCUCGUGUCUCACGCCAUCUCAGCUGCCGUGAAGGACGCCCGGGAGGGCCAGACUGCUCUGCAUGUCUUCGCCUCGCUGCGCCCAGCCGCCUGCCGCCUUGACCCCCGCAUCGCCGCCGCCAUUCUCUCGGCGCCCGGCGCUGACGUGGACGCGGUGGACGGCGAGGGCCGCACGGCGCUACAGCUGGCGGCUGAGCGGCUCAACGUGAACGUGCUGAGGGCGCUCCUGCGAAGCUCCACAUGCAGGGCCGCUCUCACGCACCGCGAUCGCCUGGGGGUGACGCCGCUGCUGGCGGUGCUCCGAUGCACGCCCCCUCACUUCACUGCCAACGAUGCCCCUAACAAGUACCGCAGCUGGUGGGGCGGGCAGCCGGUGGAGCAAGUGGACAAGGAGGUGCAGAGCACGCUGGACAGCUACUAUCGCAGGUGGGCAGCGUUCUGCCGCCGCCAGAGGAGCGCCGUGGCACUGCUGCUGCGAGCUGCGGUUGAGCGCUCAGCGGCGGCGGAGGGAGCGGGGGGGUGCGACUGGGGGUGGGUGAACGCUCAGACGAAGGAGGAAGGCGACUCCGCAUUGCACCUGGCACUGCGCUCUUGCGAGCCUGCAGUGCUCCUGCGGCUGCUGCUGCAGGCAGACGUCCGGCCGCAUUUGGCCUUGAACCUGCGCAACAAAGCCGGCAUGACGCCUCUCGCAGCCGCUGUGUCUCGCACCCUCCUGAACCCCCACAGCGGAGCUGAGCUCUACACCAAGCAGGCGCGUAGGGUAAGGGACUCAGAGCACCCCACGCUCAAAGCCUCCAACCCCUUCCGCCGUACCGCCCAGGUUGGCGGAGGGGCUGGGGAAGGGGUUGGGGGAGAAGGUAGCGGUGCAAGCAGCCCCGUGGGGCAGGCCAGGGACUCUGAGGCGGAGCGGAGGGAUUUCGUGGAAUGUGUGGAUGCGCUGCUGGGGGCGGGGGCUGACGUGCACGCGCAUGCAGUGGCGCACGUGCGCAGGGCUGUGCGGUACGCUGUGAGGAGCACGGAGGUGAAGGCAGCGUUGCGAGACAAGGCGUUGAGCAAGGCUCAGCGGGACAUGCAGGUGAAGGGGGUGCAGGGGCACGUGGUGUUGGUACAGGAGGGGGAGAGCGUGCAGGUGGAGAGGUCUCUGGUCUCUCUCCUCAUGGCCAGCACCAGCCUACCAGCAGCCGUGCGCGACCGCUGCAUUCGCCAGCUGCUGGCAGCGGGGGCGCCUGUGGACGGGGGGUGUGAGCAGGACGGGUCGGCGCUGCACGUGCUGGCGGUGGUGAUGGGGGCACGCGACCCACUGCCACUGCUGGAGCUGCUGGCCGCCGGGGAGCAGCGGCAGCAGGGGCCGGAGGGGAAGGAGGGGGUGGAGCAGCAGGGCGUGGAGGGGCAGCAGCAGGCGUCGCUGGCACAGCUGGCAUGCAAGACGAACCAGGACGGUGACGUGGCAUUCCUCUCCAUCAUCGAACGAGCGCUGCAGCUGCGCCUUCCCCCCGCGCAACAAGUGGCGGCGCUCAGCCAUGGGCACGUGGAGGAGGGAGAGGGAGAAGAAGAGGGAGCGGGAGAGGGGGCAGGAGAAGGAGAAGGGGAAGAAGGGGAAGGAGGGGGAGCAGAGGAGGGAGGGAGUGGUGAAAGCAGUGGCACGCACUCUUCUGAUUCCUCCCCUUCUCCUUCCUCCCCUUCUCCUUCCUCCGCUCCUCCUUCCUCUUCCACUUCCGACUCAGCUUCCUCCCAUCCUCCCCCAAAGAAGAAGGCGGCAAGGAAGUAUCAGCUGACCAGGGAGGCGUUCCUGCAUUUCCUCGCUCGCUUUCUGCAAGUGUGUGAGCAGGACGUCAACAUAAGCAAGGCGCCCCCUCGCCUCAGAGCGUGGGGCAACGUGGAUCCCUCAGUCAUGCCCACCUUAGCGGCCAGAGCACAGCGCAGCCUUGGCUUCACUGCGCUGCACUUGGCUGCACGGGCCGGUGAGGAUGCCCUGUGGCUGCUGUCCUGGCUGCUGAAGCAGGGCGGCGUGGACCCCCUGCGCUGCACGGCCAAGGGCUCCACGGCCCUCGCAUGCCACCUGCAGCAGCGUGCUGACAUCAACGUGGUGCGUGCACUCCUGAAGCGCACGCCCCUCAUGUUUGCGGUGCAGGCGUCUGCACUGACAGCGGGCAGGGCGGGCAGCACCAGCGAGUCAUUCGAGGUGGAGAAGGCGCUGCUCGACGCAGGGGCUGACGUGGCAGCGCGGGACGAGGACGGGCGCAGCGUGGUGCACCUCGCGUUUGUGCGGCUGGGGGAGCGCCACGUGGCAGCAGUGGAGGGCGAGUCCCAUCCGGCUGCAGGGGAGGAGCCGAUCGAGCUGCUCAGCAUGCUUUGUGCGGCUGUCACUGCUGCCGUCACUGCUGCCGGCGCAACCGGCUCGGCAGCACGGUUGACAGGUGGAGGAGGAGUGGCGGUGGCGGAGGUGAUCGACGCGCCGGACCGGUUCGGGCGCACCCCGUUGAUGUACGCGUGCGAGGCGGGCGCGCAGAUCUGCGCCAACUUCCUCGUGCGGCGAGGGGCGGCUCUGGCGAGGACGGAUGCGGACGACAACGGCGUGUUCCAGCUGGCGCUGAUUGGCGGGCAGCUGGCGGUGUGCAUCAACCUGCUGGACCACAGCGGCGUGGACAUCCACCUCCCCGCCACCAACCACCGCAGGUUCCCCGCCAAGCUGCUUGCGCGCAUCGCACGGGCGGAGCGGCGGAGAAGGACGGCCGGGGAGUGCCCUUGGAUCGUGGAUGGGGGGGGGCAAGGGGGGCAUUGGUGGAAUGAUGGGGAGAAGGAUGAGGGAAAUGGGCAAGAGGAGGAGGAAGAGGCGGAAGACGAGGUGAAGGAGGCGGACGGGGGGGAGAAAGCGGAGGAGGCAGAGGAGGCGGAGGAGGCAUGGGAGGAGUUGGAGGAGGGUGGAAGUGGGGAUGGCCAAGGUGCAGUGGGGGGGCAGGGGAAGGAGCACAAGGAGGGAGAUGGAGCAGGAAUGGGCGGGGGGGAUGUGACCCUGGAGGAUGCAAAGGGGGCGGAGGGAGGGAUGGGGAAUUCUGAGCAGGAGCAGCAAGAGCAAGCGCGCGUGCAGAUUGCGCGUGCCAAAGAUGCGUACAAGGCGUCGUCGUUCCGCGUGGUGCUGGACAAGGGGUGGAAUGGGCUGGCGUACCUCAUGCUGGACCGCGGGGUGGACCUCCUCACUGCCAUCCAUGACUGCCUCGCCAGUGCCAACUUCGCCCUGCUGCUCACGCUGCUGCGCCGGGCCCCCCCCGCCUCACUGCGAGCGCAGCAGCCGGUGUCACGCCGAACGGUAUUCCACCAGCUCGCCCGUGUGCCUGCGCAGCACCGCUCCACCUUCUGCCUCCAUUGGGUGGGCACCAUUCUGCAGGCCAUAGAGGCAGCGCUGGGGGAACCCACGGGACCAGCAGCAGCGCCAGCAGCAGGAGCAGCGGGACCCUUUGGAACAUCGGAUGCGCAUGGGAUGGGACCGGCAGAUGAUCCGAUUCGCAUGCUGCUGGCUGCCACAGACGCCCUCGGGCAGACCCCCCUGCACCUCGCGUGUGCCGCCGCCCUCACUCCGCUCGUGGAGUGGUGUCUGCGCAGGGGCGACCCCACCCUCGUGAACGCAUGCGACGGUGUUCGGUCGGUGCCGCUGCACCGCGUGCUGCAGGUGGGGGGUGGCGAGCUGCUGGCGGAUGUGUACCGCCUGCUCAGCGCGGGCGCCGAUCCCAACGUGGGGCGCCAGGAGAAGCUUCCUCUUGACAUGAGCGCCAUUGCCACUGGCAGCGGUGAGGCGGGCGGCGACGGUGGCACUGUGCAGCAGACAGUGCAGGCGGCGCUACGUGCAGAUGUGCUGGGGGAGGCGCAGGCGCUGCAGAAGCUGUGCACGCUGCCGCCCAUAGUGGUGGCGGUGAGGCAGCGCCAGCACUGCCUGGCGGAGCUGCUGCUUCGCUUCGGAGCCAACCCCAACCGCUGGGAUGCGAGCGGCCAGACGGUGCUCACGCAGGCUGUGCGGUGCAACGACCUGCGCAUGGCUACAGUGCUCCUGGGCGGCAAGUGGACCGCCCCACUAUCCCGGGACGAGGAGGCUGCCAGCUCAGCACUGAGCAAGCUGGCGGUGCCACGUGGCAUUGCUGUGCAGAUGAGCCACGUGGGUGUGGAUCUGAACCUGGCCCCACCCCCGUAUGCUCGCUCCGCAUACCACUCAGCUGUGGCGACCUUUGGGCCGUGCGAGGUAUCCUAUGAGAACGCACACCUGCUGCGCCUGCUGCACCGCCUGGCAGUGCAGGGGGGGGAAUCGGGGGAUGCGCCCUCGAGACAUGUGGCAUUCCGGUGGGCAACGAGGGAUGGCCGGGGGCACACGGUGCUGUACGACGCUGGAGCUCAGUCAUCAGGUGUCAUGCUGGGCGCCAUCAGAGAGCUGAUGAAAGGAGGCGAUACGGCAGGUGUGACAGGCACUGCCGUGACUACUGAUGGCGGUGUGCUGGAGGUAUUUGAUGCAGAAAUAGCAGCAGGGCGGGAGGGCGCCCAGAAAGCAGCGGAGGCAGGGGAGCGUUGGCUGGUAGAGGGGAGUGCGGGCGUGCGAGAAGGACGUGCGGUGGACGUGGCGGCGGAUGCCAAGGCGAUGCGGGUGGAGUGGGACAAAAAGCUGGAGGCGGCAGCGCAGGCGUGCGGCACGGAGGUGGACGAGCACGCGGGCGACUUCCGUGCAACAUGCGGCGUACUUGGGGACUACUCGGUGCUCAUGACGCGCACUGACGUGGAGUACGGGCGCUACGGCUUCCACAACUUCUACAAGAUGCAGCUGCUGCAUAAUGCGGCGCAGGACCUCUACAUCCUCUUCAACCGAUGGGGCCGUGUGGGUGACGAGGGCGAGCACCAGCAGACCCCCAUGGGCUCGCGGGAAGAGGCAGUGAAGGAGUUUGAAAAGAUCUUCAAGGCCAAGUCCGGGAAUGACUGGCAGAGCUGUGGGGAUUUCCAGCCAAAGCCAGGGAAAUACACACCCGUGCGGGCCCGGCCAGCAGGGAAGAAGAAGGCAGGGGAGAGCGAAGGCAACGGCGAAGGCGAGGGGAGGAAGAUCCCCAAGGGCCAUGUGGACGAGGAGGUCGAGCUGGUGCUGCCUCUGGCGCAGCUGAUUGCCAUGGAGAGUGGCUUGGGAAGGAGAGUAGGAGGACGAGGAGAGGGAGUGCAAGGGGAAGGGGUUGCUGCUGCUGCUGCACCUGCUUUUCCUGCUCCUGAUGCUGCGCUGCCUGACGCUGCUAAUGGUGAUAAUGGUGAUAAUGCUAUGCAUGCUGCUGCGGCUGCUCCUGCUGCUUCUGCCACUGCUGCAGUUCCUGCUGCCGCUGCUGAAGCAUCUGCAGCUGCAGAGCCCAGCCGGCUCCCCAAGGCUCUCCAGAGUUUCAUCCGAGUCAUCUGCGACGUCUCGGCGCUGCGAGCGCAGGCGCGCCGCCUGGGCGCUGUGGACACGUACCUGGCGUUUGGGGAGCUGACGGACGACGCACUGCAGGGAGGACAGACGGUCCUGGCGAAGGUGGGUGCUCUGGUCCCCCAGUAUGAGGCGGUGGGGAAGAAGAUCGACCAGCUGGUGGCGGAGCAGCAGCGGCUGAUGUACGAGGCGGAGGAGGAGGAGGAGGGGAAGGGGGGGGAAGGGGGGGAGAAGGAAGAGGAGGAGCAUGGGGCAAUGGAGGAUGGAGAUGAGGCGACGAAUGUGGAUGGGGCGGCGAAGAAGCGACGGAAGAGACGCCGGGUGUGUGAGAGCGAGGAUGGUGAGGGCGAGGAUGGUGAGGGCGAGGAUGGUGAGGGCGAGGAUGGGGGGGGAGGUGAGGGACAGGGGGGCGAGAAUGAGACUGCCCUCGUGGCAAGGGUCAGCACGAGCGAGGGCAGCAACAGCAGGCAGUCAGCCCGAGAGCGGGUGGCAGAGGAGAUAAAGGCGGCGCAGGAGGUGCGGAGGGGCCUCAGCGAGCAGCUGGUGCAGCGGAGCAACGAAUUCUACCAGCUCGUGCCGUCCACGCAGCACACGCGCAGCCGCAUUCAGUGCAUCCGCUCCCGGGAGGACCUGCUGGCGCUGCAGGCGCUGCUCUCCAGCCUCGGGGAGCUCCAGCUGGCGCUCAAGAUGCUCAUCGGCGCACGGCGCCAGCUGGCGGAGGCGGCGGCCAGGCGGCGGGCCGCCAUCCACCCGCUGGACUACUGCUACUUGGGGCUGGGGGCGGCGAUGCGGCGCCUCGACCCGCGCACCCAGCACCACCGCGUGCUGUCGCGCUACGUGCACCGGUCAGCUUCGAGGGCGGAGAUUGAGGUGUAUGACGUGUUUGCGGUGUGCAGGGAGGGCGAGAGGGAGCGGUUCGACGCACUCCCCUCGGCCGUGCGCGCGCACCGGCAGCUGCUGUUCCACGGCUCCUCCGUGGCCAACUUCUGCGGGCUGCUCAGCGGCGGGCUGCGCGUCGCACCUCCUGAAGCGGACGUGUCGGGCUAUGCCUUUGGGAAGGGCAUCUACUUUGCGGAUCAGUUCCAAAAAUCCCUGGGGUACUGUGAUACGGCCACGCAGCACCAUGGGCACUGGAGGAGCCAUACUUACGAGGAGGAGGAAGAGGAGGAGGAAGAGGAGGAGGAAGAGGAGGAGGGGGUUGGGAGAGGACACGUCAUGAAGCAGACGCGCUGCCUGCUGCUGUGUGAGGUGGCCCUUGGGCAGUCACAGGCCGUCUCACAGGCCACGUACAUGGAGGAGGCUCUGCCGGGCUCGCACUCCACAUUUGCCAUCGGCAGAACCACCCCCGACCUCGCUCACUGCCUGUGGACCCCUGACGGCUGCUGCAUCCCUGCCGGCCCCAUCAUCUCUCGCAAGGAGCUGGAGGCGCACAAAGCAUCGAGGCCGGAGGAGUAUGGCUGUGUGUGCCAGUACAUCACUCCGCCAGCCAAGGGCGGCCAGCCGUGUGUGGAGAGGAACGAGUAUGUGGUGUAUAGCGAGGCGCAGGUGCAGAUGCGCUACCUGCUGUGUGUGGGGCCUCCGAGGAGCAGGAAGAGGAGGGGGAGGAAGGGCAAGUAGGUGUUGGGAGAAGGGAUGGAGAGUCUUGGGAGCCUUUGGAUUGUGCUCUGGUUGAAACCUUAUUUAUUUAUCUGGGCUUUUAAAACCCCACGGCAAAAUAGCAGAGGGGUAAUCAUUUGCGGGCAGGGCAGGGGCGAAGAGUUAGGGAAGACCAAACCGACACAAAAAAAAAUACUUUUUGUGUACAGUGAGUGCCAUGCGACGAGACGAGUUGUAGAAAAACGCCGAGUGAAACCAAAGCAGGCUCA